GCCUCGUGCAGUUCUGGCAGCGACGCGCGGGGAGCUGAAGUGGAAAUCUUGAGCUCUCUUACGAGGGAGCGUUCAAACGGAUACACAGAGCCGUUUCCAAAAUGCUCGUUUUAUUCGAAACCGCCGCUGGAUUCGCGAUAUUUAAAGUCCUUGAUGAAUCAAAGCUGCAGCAGGUGGACAGCCUGUAUAAGGAGUUUGAAACUCCUGAAAAGGCUCACAAAAUUGUGAAGCUGAAGCACUUUGAGAAGUUUCAGGAUACGACAGAGGCCUUGGCAGCUGCAACCGCUCUGGUUGAGGGAAAAAUCGGCAAGAGUUUAAAAAAGGUUCUGAAGAAAGUCGUCGCCAAGGAAGCGCAUGAACAGCUGGCCAUCAGCGAUGCCAAACUUGGCGGAGUUAUUAAAGACAAACUGGACCUGAGCUGUGUCCACAGCCCUGCGGUGGCCGAGCUGAUGAGAUGCAUCCGGACCCAAAUGGAGAAUCUGAUCUCGGGACUUCCUCCCAGGGAGAUGAGCGCCAUGUCUCUUGGCUUAGCUCACAGUUUGUCCCGCUACAAGCUCAAGUUCAGUCCUGAUAAAGUGGAUACCAUGAUUGUGCAGGCCAUUUCUCUUUUGGAUGACCUGGACAAGGAGCUAAAUAACUACAUCAUGCGCUGCAGAGAGUGGUACGGCUGGCACUUCCCCGAGCUGGGCAAAGUCGUCACAGACAAUCUGGCUUACUGCAGAACUGUCCGCACAGUCGGUGAUCGCACGAACGUGUCCAGCACCGACCUGUCGGAGAUCCUUCCUGAGGAGGUGGAAGCCGAGGUGAAGCUGGCUGCUGAAAUCUCCAUGGGAACAGAGGUGUCGGAGCAGGACAUCGCUAACAUCCAGCACCUGUGCGAUCAGGUGAUAGAAAUUUCAGAGUAUCGCGCUCAGCUCUACGACUACCUCAAGAACAGAAUGAUGGCGAUCGCCCCCAACCUGACGGUGAUGGUGGGCGAGCUGGUCGGCGCCCGUCUCAUUUCACACGCUGGGUCCCUGCUGAACCUGGCCAAGCAUCCAGCCUCCACGGUUCAGAUCCUCGGAGCAGAGAAGGCUCUGUUCAGAGCCCUGAAGACUCGCAAAGACACGCCCAAGUACGGUCUGAUUUAUCACGCCUCUUUAGUGGGCCAAACUACAGCCAAGAACAAGGGCAAGAUCUCCAGAAUGCUGGCAGCUAAAACUGCUCUGGCUAUCCGCUACGACGCUCUGGGAGAGGACACGAACGCAGAGAUGGGAGUAGAGAAUCGCGCUAAGCUCGAGGUCAGACUGCGCCAGCUGGAGGACAAAGGACUCCGAAGAAUCAGCGGAACGGGCAAAGCCACGGCCAAGGCUGACAAAUACCAACACAAGAGUGAAGUUAAGAUUUACGAUCCUUCUGGAGAUUCCACCAUUCCAUCCACAUCGAAGAAGAGGAAGUUUGAGGAGGUCAGGGAGGAGGAGGAGGAGGAGCCGGUGACGCCAGUGGUCAAAUCCAAAAAGUCUCGAAAGGAACCAGAAGCUGAAACGCCAGCAGCAGAAACGACAGAUCCUCCCAAGAAAAAGAAGAAAAAAGAGAAGAAAACGGAAGAAGAGCCGAAGGAGGAAGAGGAGGAAGUAGCCGUGAGCGAGACGACAAAAAAGAAGAAAAAGAAAGAUAAGACGGCACAACAGGAGGAGCCAAAGGAGGAAGAGGAGGAAGUAGCAGUGAGCGAGACAUCAGAAAAGAAGAAAAAGAAGAAGAAAAAGAAAGUAAAAGAGGAAGACGAUGAGUGAAAACAUGGGGCGGUGUAUAUACUUUGUUUUAGUUAAGAUUUUUUACAUUUUUCUCCAGUAUUUUAUGUUUAAAGGCAGUAUUAAGUGCCUGUCUGGUAUGUUAAACCAGGGGUUCCCAACAGUGGUCCUUGAGGAACACCGUCCUGCAUGUUUCAGCUGUUUCCCUGCUUUGACGCACCUGAUUUGAAUGAUUGGGUGAUUAACAGGCUUGUGCAGAACCUGAGGAAGUAAUUCGCUGAAUCAGGCGUUCUGUAGCAAACAACUGGAACAUUCAGGAUGGUGUUCCUCAGGGACCAGUGUUGGGAACCCCUGUGUUAAACAACAGAACCGUUGUCAUUUUAUGAUGGAAAAAGAACAAACCAAUAAAAUCUGAGUUCUUGUUUGUUUUUUACCAUUUCUACUUGACAGUUUGUACAUUUAAAUGUAUCGUACAAAUCUAUGGACAUAAUUAAACAACAACAACAAAAAAAACAUUUCAGUUGUGCAAACGGAAACUGUGAACUUUGUGCCUUGAUAGAAUAAAAACAUGUAACUAAACAUUGAAUUUGGUUGUAUCUAGUAUCAAAUAGAGGUUUAAUCAGUUUCUGAUGACAAGCACUUAACUAGAUUGGUGUAACUUUCAAAUAUUGAUUUGUUUUGUAGUAUAAAAAGGAGAUAGGACCAUAGAUCAUUGAUUUUUAACCAUUUAUUA